GGAGCCGCCUGGACGCCCACCCUCCGCCCCGCGCUCAUUCCCGGCCCAGGCCCCGUCGGGGAAGUUCGCACCUCGGACUCGAUCGCUUUGGUGGUUUUCACAAAGCCCGGCGGCGGGCAGGUCGGCCGCCGUGGGGACGCGGAUGCCCAGGACCCCGGGCUGAGCCCGAUCGGCUGUGCCUUCCUCACCUACUGUGCCAGGGACUCCGCCAUCAAAGCUCAGACUGCCCUACACGAGCAGAAGACCUUGCCCGGGAUGGCCCGACCAAUCCAGGUGAAGCCUGCAGACAGCGAAAGCCGCGGAGGUAGGGACCGGAAGCUCUUCGUGGGGAUGCUGAACAAGCAGCAGUCGGAGGAGGACGUGCUGCGGCUGUUCCAGCCCUUCGGGGUCAUUGACGAGUGCACCGUGCUCCGGGGGCCCGACGGCAGCAGCAAAGGCUGUGCCUUCGUGAAAUUCUCUUCUCACACAGAGGCCCAGGCGGCCAUCCACGCCCUCCACGGCAGCCAGACCAUGCCAGGAGCCUCCUCCAGCCUGGUGGUCAAGUUCGCGGACACCGACAAGGAGAGGACGCUGCGGCGCAUGCAGCAGAUGGUGGGCCAGCUGGGCAUCCUGACGCCGUCCCUCACCCUGCCCUUCAGCCCCUACAGUGCCUACGCCCAGGCUCUCAUGCAGCAGCAGACGACUGUGCUGUCCACCUCGGGCAGCUACCUGAGCCCCGGUGUAGCCUUCUCACCCUGCCACAUCCAGCAGAUAGGUGCCGUCAGCCUUAAUGGGCUGCCUGCCACACCCAUCGCUCCUGCCUCUGGGCUGCACUCGCCCCCGUUGCUGGGCACGGCUGCUGUGCCCGGCCUCGUGGCUCCCAUCACCAAUGGCUUCGCAGGUGUGGUGCCCUUCCCCGGUGGGCACCCUGCCCUGGAGACCGUGUAUGCCAAUGGCCUUGUGCCCUACCCAGCUCAGAGCCCGACGGUGGCCGAAGCGCUCCACCCGGCCUUCUCGGGAGUCCAGCAGUACACAGCCAUGUACCCCACCGCGGCCAUCACGCCCAUCGCGCACAGCGUGCCCCAGCCGCCGCCCCUCCUGCAGCAGCAGCAGCGAGAAGGAGUUUGGAGACACGGAGCUGACCCAGAUGUUCCUGCCCUUCGGCAAUAUCAUCUCCUCCAAGGUGUUUAUGGAUCGGGCCACCAACCAGAGCAAGUGUUUCGGCUUCGUGAGCUUUGACAACCCGGCCAGCGCACAGACCGCCAUCCAGGCCAUGAACGGCUUCCAGAUCGGCACGAAGAGGCUCAAGGUGCAGCUGAAGCGGCCCAAAGACCCCGGACACCCCUACUGACCCUGCCCUCGGCCGCCCCAGGCUGUGGGCCUGGCCCAGGUGAGCCGCCAGGCGGCCCCACGCCCCGCCCCGUCUUGUCCACACCCUCCUCCCCUCGCUUAUUCUCCAAACCCUCCCCCUGGGGAUGCUGCAGGAGGCUACGGGAAGCCCCCAGGGCGGGUUGGCAGGGACAGAGCUGGACGGAGAUGCCCCAGUGACCUGUGGUCAGGGUGGACCAGAGGGCGGGGCGGGACGGGGAGGUGGGGAGAGAGCAGGGCCCCAGGACGGCCAGGAAGGCUUCCUGGAGGAGGCCUUGAAGGAUGAGGACAAGGUCACACGGAAGCAGGUUUGGUCUGGUGAGGGGUGGGGAGGGGCUUUGUCCUGUCCUGUGCGUCCCUUCUCCCUGCUGGAGAGCUCUAAACCCCAGGAAAAAGGGUCCAGUGCGAACCCCAGACCCUGGUCCCUGAGGUGGGGGCUUCACAAUAUCCAGCUCCGCUGGGGACCAGGGCUGGAGCACAGGACGCAGGGACAGUGCCCGGAGGCCCCUGUCCCCUCCCCACCAGCUCCGACCGGGCCCAGCUCCUCUAGUAUCACACGCGCCCAGUCGAGAAGGCGGACGGGGUAUACCGCCAGCAUCGUGCAGAAAACCCCGACAAACCCCCAAAGCGAGUUUUGCAUAGAACAGACAAACUCAUCCUCUCGGGGACGGGAGAGUAAGCCCAGGGUCAGCACAGUGGGCUCCCCGGGCAGGACCCAGCCAGGGGCCUGCUGGGUCUUUCUGAAGCCAAGCCCAGAACCCGCCACCUAAAAAGCUCUGGAUAAUUUGUUUUGACUCUUGUUUUUGAUCACCCUCGCCGCCGUCAUCAUGAAGAACCUCACUGGGUCUGGUACAAAGUAGGAGCUCAGCUAGAGCCUGUCAGUGUGUUUUAGAAUCUGUGGGGCGCAGCCCAGAGUGGGGGGACCCCGCCUGCACAGUCACGCACUGCGGGAAAGUGCCUUUGGGGACCGCCAACCGGAAGCCACAACAAAGGCCACACUGCCGUCCACUCACUUUCCGCUCUCAGCUGGCAACCCUCACUGAGCACCUACUAUGUGCCAGGCACUGUCACCAGCGUCUGGGGACUCAGCCACCAAUGAACGAGAACACGGGGGGCAGAGACGGGAAGAAGCUGGCUUCUGGGCUAUAAAUGGCUUGGAGUGGGGAAGGGGUCAAGAAGGACUGCCCCCGUCCCAUCGGUCCCCAGAACCAGGGCCUGUGCGCUCUGGACAGUAUGGGCCCCGGGUGCCCGGCCCCUUCCUGGCGUCCUCUGCUGUGCCCCAGGACUGCUCCUGGAUGCCCUCCCCCCAGCUGAGGGGCCUCCGCCCCCCGAGGCUCCCCUCCCAGCCGACCCAGGCCCUCCUGCACCUGUGUUGGGUCACAGCCCUCCCUCCCCUCUGCCCCGACCCCGUCCCCAAAAUGUGAAACCCUUGUGAAGGCCACAGUGAGGGGCCUUCUGCUCUGUCCUGGGUGGGGGUCUCCUGGGCUGGGAGCCAAGGGCUCACCGCUGCCCCCGACUUCAGGACCUUCCCCGCCCACGGGACCCCCUUGGUGGCUUCUCAGGAGGAAGUCCCCGCUUUCCCUGUAUCUAUAUGUAUAUGCGUAUAUACAGAGAGCUCUAGACAGUAUAUAUAUCUAUUUUUGAGUAUAGAUCAUGGGGCCAAACUUUUCGACUUCCUUCCAUCCAAGAGGGUGACCCUGAGCCGGUCACUCCACAGGGACAGAGGAGGGGCCGAGGCUGGCUGGGCGGCCAGGUGCCCGUCCACCCACAGCUGGAACACCAGGCCAGGAACGCGCCAACAGAAAUACCUCCGGGACUGUGGGCCCCACCACCCCGACCCCCACAGGCCCCCGGGCCCGGCCAGCUGGAGCGUCCUGCCCGGGCCGCUGCUCUCCAGAGCCCCCUUCCCCCUCCCAGGGGCCUGCCUUCCUGUGGCACCAAGAGACCCUCUGGCCUCCCUGCCCUCCCCGCGCCCACCCCUCAGUCAUAGCCUUACUGUGUGACCAAUAGCCCUUAGCUUUGCGCCGGGGCAGCCAGGGCUGGGGGAGGCCCCGUCCCUCACUGCCCCCCCCAGGGCAGGCCGCCAUCAUCCCUGCCUGUGAAUCACCAGCCUCGAAUUUAAGGUCUUGUAACCAAGAUCGCCAAGCGUGUUGGACCAGCCCAACCUGGACUGCCCAAGCACCCCUUUAUCAGAGACCGUGACCCUGAUAGUGACCUUCAUACCUCGACAGAUUUUUUUUUUUCUUUUCCUUUUUCUUUCUUUUCUUUUUUUUUUUUCCUGUCUUUUUGAGCAGGUACAAAGAAGAGAAAAAAAUGGGGGGAAAUCCAGUGAUAACAGAUGUUUGUUUCUAGCGGGGGUCGGGGGUCUGGGGUCGCUCCUGUACCGCCUCCGGCCGCCACGCCCCGUCCAAGCACAGAGGCGAGUCCGUCUGGACGUCCAGCCGGGCCUCUUGCCACAGGAGGCUCCGGAUGACUUAAGCUCAAAAACAAAAAGAAUUUUUAAAAAAGAAAAGAGACACAGCAUUCCCUUCUAUUUCUACCAAAAUGUGUGACUGACCUCGGGGGGUGGGGACCACAGCAAAAAGAAAAAGAAAAAAAAAAACAAAAAAAAACUCCUGCAAACUCGUCCGGUUUCCAGAGUUUGGUGAUGUUGCGAGCCACUCCUGUGCGUGCCUGUGUCCUGUCCCCCACGUGUGCAGUGGGUGCCACGCAGCCUCGCGGGGCCCGGCACCCGCCCCGCGGGCCUGCCUGGGAGUGUGUGCGGUGCCCUGUGCUGUCCUCUAGUCCAUGUUUACUGGCUGUAAAUACCAUUUUUAUACUCCACGUCGAGACCUGCGUGAUUUGUACGAUGUACUUUAUUUCUGCUACGAGUAAAUUCAUGAAGUUUCAACCUGCAGACUGACUUACACACACACACACUCUCACACUCACACGCGAGAGCAAAGGAGAGGGCUCGGAGGGAAUUUGGGUUGACUUUGGUUUGGAGUUUGUGUCAAAGCCGAUUUCCCGUGCCUGGAGAGGGUCCUUGUCACUGUUGAGGUGUUCAGGUGACAAGCGUCUUCAUGUCCAAACGCCUCUCUUUGGUCUGAGAAAAACUAAAAAUUUAUUUAAUAAAAGUUUUACUUGCUAAA